ACGCCAGGACAGAGGAGUCGGGAGAGUGGGGGAAACAGGCAUUGGUGGAAAAAAGUCGAAAAUUAAAAAACAGCUUAUUGUCGGACUGCUUUAAAUAGAGAAAAAAAUAAUAAGGAAGCGACCAGCCUGCCUCAAUUAUUCAAAGGUUCCACACUAGACCUUAACCCAGGCGCUGGCCACCACAUCAUAUGGACUAAACCAGAGACUCAGAACGAGAGGGAGAAGAGGAGAGAAUAGGUCCUUUUUCCUAUUUAUAUCUGCCUAUUGACUAGCUACGUUUGUAAAUCCUCUGGGCUGUUGUGUCCCAGAGAGGUGGGAUCUCAGCUGGACUUGUUCCCCAAACUGCACUCCCCUCAGUGGGGUUGGUUGUGACCCAGUGCCAGGGUAUAUCCCACCUCACGGCAGGCUUUCCUUUCCUGAGCAGCUGUGUCCUGCCUGCGUCCUGCCUCUAUUUCCUGUCCUUGACAGCAGCACCAUGACCUCUAUGUCCAGCCUCUUCUCCUUCACCAGUCCAGCUGUGAAGCGUCUGCUGGGGUGGAAGCAGGGGGACGAGGAGGAGAAAUGGGCUGAGAAGGCUGUUGACGCCCUGGUCAAGAAACUGAAGAAGAAGAAGGGAGCCAUGGAGGACCUGGAGAAAGCCCUCAGCAGCCCAGGACAGCCCAGUAAGUGUGUGACCAUCCCUCGGUCUCUGGACGGUCGUCUCCAGGUGUCCCACAGGAAGGGUCUCCCCCACGUUAUCUACUGCAGAGUGUGGAGGUGGCCCGACCUACAGUCUCACCAUGAGCUCAAGCCUCUGGAGGUGUGUGAAUACCCCUUUGGCUCCAAGCAGAAGGAGGUCUGCAUUAACCCCUACCACUACAAGAGAGUAGAGAGCCCAGUGCUGCCUCCGGUGUUGGUGCCUCGCCACAGUGAGUUCAACCCACAACACAGCCUCCUGGUCCAGUUCAGGAACAUGACUCACAACGAGCCCCACAUGCCCGUGAACGCCACCUUCCCAGAGUCCUUCCAGCAGCACAGCGGGGGCAGCGUCACCUCCUUCCCAAUCUCCCCCAACUCCCCUUACCCUCCCUCCCCAGCCUCCAGCGGAGGGGUGGGCACCUACCCCAACUCUCCUGCCAGCUCUGGACCCUCCAGCCCUUUCCAGCUUCCAGGUAGAUCUGAUACCCCACCCCCGGCUUACAUGCCCCCCGAUGAGCAGAUGGGACAGGAGGGGUCCAUGGAGACCAGCAGCAUCGGCCCCAGGAACAUGCCUAGUGGGGAUGUGCAGCCAGUGGAGUAUGAGGAACCGAGCCACUGGUGCAGUAUUGUGUACUAUGAGUUGAACAACAGAGUGGGUGAGGCCUACCAUGCCUCUUCUACCAGCGUCCUGGUGGACGGCUUCACCGACCCCUCCAACAACAAGAACCGCUUCUGCCUGGGGUUGCUCUCCAACGUCAACCGCAACUCGACCAUAGAGAACACACGCCGCCACAUCGGCAAAGGGGUCCACCUGUACUAUGUAGGAGGUGAGGUGUAUGCAGAGUGUCUGAGUGACACCAGUAUCUUCGUUCAGAGCCGUAACUGUAACUACCACCAUGGUUUCCACCCCACCACGGUGUGUAAGAUCCCUAGUGGCUGCAGUCUGAAGAUCUUUAACAACCAGGAAUUUGCUCAGCUACUGGCCCAGUCUGUGAACCAUGGCUUUGAGGCUGUCUACGAACUGACCAAGAUGUGCACCAUCCGCAUGAGCUUUGUAAAGGGCUGGGGAGCUGAGUAUCACCGACAAGAUGUCACCAGUACCCCCUGUUGGAUAGAAGUUCAUCUUCACGGCCCUCUGCAGUGGCUGGAUAAAGUGCUGACACAAAUGGGCUCUCCUCUCAACCCCAUCUCUUCAGUGUCCUAAUGGUGGCCCCCGCCAGAUCAGACUCUCAACCACCAUCUCUUCAGUGUCCUAAUGGUUACCCCCCCCUACCCCACAGACCAGACUCUCAAUCCCAUCUCUUCAGUGUCCUAAAGGCGGCCCGCCAGGCUGGGAGAUUCUUUCACAUUUUUUUUUUCAAACUUAACUUUAUAAUUGUUUUGCAUUGUUUAAUGAGCAAAAGCAGGUCUUCAAAGGCUGAACUGUUUCCACUAUCUGACAGCAGAAGGGAUUUUGAACCCAGAGCAGCAGAAUUAUGUUGAGAGAGCAGAAGAUAGACGUAAAACCGACAGAAGAAUAUUCAGAGUAGCGGCACAAAAUAUUGGACAAACUACUGCUCUGAGUCAUCACUACCAACCAUGUGCUUCUUCUAUUGAGAGUAGUAGGACUGGAAAGCAUGUACCUUAAAUGUUUCAAUGUUUGGUAAUGAUUUUCUUUCUGUAUGUUUCAGUUAAAAGAAAAUGAUGUAUCACUACUCUGCCUUUACCACAGUCAAACUACUUGUGAUUUUACUCUGAUAACUUUCCUUUCUUGCCAUCUUAAGGUAUAGAUAUCAUUAUGUUCACUAUUAGACCCAGAUCUCAUAACAAAAUGUUAACUUUUUAUAGUUUCUAUCGCUAGAAAAAAAACACUGAUUUACUGCCUUAAAUAAAGUAUGUCUAACUAAUAAAUAUGAUAUGGUGGAUUACUUUACUCAAUGC